AAGUGGGCAUCACAAGAUUGCAAGCCCAGUCCAUCAGAUGUUUUGACAAACACAACGAAUAUCGGAUAAGCUUCAUCCACUUCCCUGUCUCGGACCUCGCUGAUAUCCGUUCUUCACACAUUCUUGGUGGAACCUCUCAAUCUCAACCAUUACUCAAGUGUUGUAAAUUUGGUGAAAAGCAAUGGAUUUGAUGGCACCCCACGAACACCUUUCUUCAUUCCACCACUUCCACAUAGACGGCGCAACCACCAGAGGUAGGGUUUGGGACAACGCUCUUUCUCGCCCUUUCAUUCUAUCAGCUGAUACUGUUACUCAUUUUAGAAAACCCAAUGCCACUGGGUCUAGAAAGCAUUCGUGCAAUCGCGUUUUUGCCGUUUCGAACUUCGAAACUUCUGGUUUGAAUGGUAGAUUACAACACAUUGUAAAAUCCCCAAACGGGGAUUUGAAUGGCAUAGAAUCUUCUACUAAUGGGAUUAACGGUUCUCGAAAUUUUGAUGAGUUUGUGAGUAACAAUCAUCUUAGGAAGUUAGUUAGAAAUGGGGAAUUGGAUGAAGGGUUUAAGUUUUUGGAACACAUGACUUACAAAGGGGAUAUCCCUGAUGUCAUUACUUGCACUAGUUUGAUUCGUGGGUUUUGCAAAACUGGUAGGACUAAGAAAGCAACACGAAUUAUGGAAAUUCUAGAGAAUUCUGGUGCUGUUCCUGAUGUGAUUACCUACAAUGUUUUGAUUGGUGGUUACUGCAAAUCAGGGGAGAUAGAUAAAGCCUUGCAGGUUUUGGAGCGGAUGAGUGUUGCGCCCGAUGUUGUUACCUAUAACACGAUUUUGCGUAGUUUGUGUGAUAGUGGGAAAUUGAAGGAAGCAAUGGAAGUUCUUGAUAGGCAGCUGCAGAGGGAGUGUUAUCCUGAUGUGAUUACUUACACUAUUUUGAUUGAAGCAACUUGUAAAGAGAGUGGAGUUGGUCAGGCAAUGAAGCUGUUAGAUGAGAUGAGGAACAAAGGAUGUAAGCCUGAUGUGGUUACUUUCAAUGUUCUUAUUAAUGGUAUUUGCAAGGAAGGUCGGUUGGAUGAAGCAAUUAAGUUUUUGAAUAACAUGCCGUUGUAUGGUUGUCAACCUAAUGUGAUUACCCAUAAUAUUAUUUUGCGUAGCAUGUGCAGCACUGGAAGAUGGAUGGAUGCUGAGAAGCUUUUGGCUGACAUGCUUCGAAAAGGCUGUUCCCCUAGUGUUGUUACUUUCAAUAUCUUGAUUAACUUCUUGUGCCGGAAAGGCUUACUGGGUAGAGCCAUUGAUGUCUUGGAGAAGAUGCCAAAGCAUGGUUGUACCCCAAAUUCCUUGAGUUACAAUCCAUUGCUUCAUGGUUUUUGUCAAGAGAAGAAGAUGGAUAGAGCAAUUGAGUAUUUGGAAAUAAUGGUGUCAAGGGGUUGUUACCCGGAUAUAGUGACCUAUAAUACUUUGCUUACAGCGCUAUGCAAAGAUGGGAAGGUGGAUGCUGCGGUUGAAAUACUGAAUCAACUAAGUAGCAAAGGAUGCUCUCCCGUUUUAAUUACUUAUAAUACAGUUAUUGAUGGGCUUGCAAAGGUUGGAAAAACAGAGUGUGCUACAGAACUGUUAGAAGAGAUGUGCAAAAAGGGUCUUAAACCUGAUACAAUAACGUACUCGUCAUUGCUUCGGGGACUUAUUCGUGAAGGAAAGGUUGAUGAGGCUAUCAAAAUUUUCUAUGAUAUGGAAGGAUUAGGUAUUAGGCCCAAUGCCAUCACUUACAACUCAAUCAUGACAGGACUUUGUAAGGCUCAGCAGACUAGUUGCGCUAUUGAUUUUUUGGCUUAUAUGAUAGCAAAAGGCUGUAAACCCACUGAAGCUACAUACACCAUUCUUAUAGAAGGCAUUGCUGAUGAAGGAUUAGCUGAGGAAGCUUUGGAGCUGUUGAAUGAGUUGUGCUCCAGAGGAUUUGUGAAGAAAAGUUCAGCUAAACAGGUAGCAGUCAAAAUGUAGGACGAAAUGCAUUUUUACAUUGUAUGCCUAAAUGGUUGUAUAAUAUUUUUGAGCAUAUAGAUUUUGUUACACGCGUUAAUUUAGUGACUUGGUCUGGAUUUUGGAUUGUUAGUUUGACGAGGGAAAGAGGAUAGUGAAAUGCAUGUCAAUUUUGUUAGGUCAUUGUAAUUCAAUCCAGACAUUUAAAUCUAAUUUAUGUUCUAUAUUACUAAUCAUGUUUCACACCCUUUUUUUGGCACCCAUGUAAACAGUUUUUGAAUCUCAUCUUGCAAGAUUUAUGAUGCUAGUUUCUUGACUACUAAUGGUCAUAUGAUUGAUUCAAAAGAUCAAUUUUAUAUGUAUUAUUAUUUUAUUUAAUCAAGG